CUUUGUGUAACAGGUACCAAUCUGCGCCACUGUAACAACCAUCUUCCCCCAAAGCCACAGGUUUUUGGGAAAAAUGGAUACUCUCAAGUUUAUGCCCGUUAUCAAGCAAUACGGAGAACCAGUUUACAUCAAUGCAAAUGAAAUCAGUAAAUGGAACCGUCUGACGGUAACUUCCUCAACAAAGCAGCUCCGCACGAUUUCACUCGCCAAGGACCCAUUUUGAAAGCCUCUGCAGGCAGGAGCCGAGCCGGGCCGAGCGGCCCGCAGCCCCCCGCGGCGGGGAGGAGCGGCGCCCCCGCCUCCUCCGGGCAGUGGGAGCGGCCAUCCCGCCCCCCGGCUGGCGGGAGGUUUAAAGUGAGCGGGAGCAGCCGGAGCUCCGUGCUCCCGCUCAGGCGCCGCCAUGUCCACCCCGGCCAAGCGGCACUGCCGCAGCCCCACCGGCUCCCUCGACUUCAGCUUCCAGAAGCGCCUCAAGAAGAUUUCUAUCGAAGGGAACAUCGCUGCGGGGAAGUCAACGUUUGUCAGGCUGCUGGAGAAACACAGUGACGAGUGGGAGGUCAUCCCUGAACCCAUCGCCAAGUGGUGCAACGUCCAAACAGCCGACAACGAGUACGAGGAGCUUUCAACAUCUCAGAAGAACGGAGGAAAUCUACUUAAAAUGCUGUAUGAUAAACCCACAAGAUGGGCUUACACAUUUCAGACUUACGCUUGCUUGAGCAGAGUAAGAGCGCAAUUAAAACCCAUCUCAGCCAAGCUACAUGAAGCAGAACAUCCAGUGCAAUUUUUUGAAAGAUCUGUGUACAGUGACAGAUACGUAUUUGCUUCUAACCUGUUUGAGUCUGGAAACAUUAAUGAAACUGAGUGGACAAUUUAUCAGGACUGGCACAUGUGGCUUUUGAAUCAGUUUGAAUCAGACCUAGAACUGGAUGGCAUGAUCUACCUAAGAACCACACCUCAGAAAUGCAAGGAAAGGCUACAGAUGAGGGGAAGAGAAGAGGAACAAGGAAUUGAACUUGAGUAUUUGGAAAACCUCCACAAUAAACAUGAAGCCUGGCUUUAUGAAAGGACUAUGAGAGUUGAUUUUGAGAACCUUAAAGAAAUUCCCAUCCUAGUUUUGGAUGUUGAUGAAGAUUUUAAGAAUGAUAAGAUUAAACAGGAGUAUUUGAUUGACCAGGUCAAGUCUUUCCUGAGUUCCUAAGAAGAUGAAAAUUAAUUUCCAUGACAACUUCCUGAAGUUCAAGAGUUAAGCUUAAAAAAAUCCAUGUGUUCCUAAGACAGUUUAGCUGAAUGCAUUACCUGUAUAGCUUAUUUUAAGGCAGGAUUGAAGCGCAAAAUGUUUUGAGUUUGUUUGGGGUUUUUUUGCCUGCCUGACCUCCGUGUGUUUGAUAGAAUUUUCUGUAUAGUUAAAAAUGUGGCGUGUUCCGAAACGUACUGUGUAUAUUCUCUGCCGUUUAAUAAAGGUUUUUAAGCUAA